AUGUCCGCCGAACCGGAUCAUGUCGAGACAAAGAGGAAGGUGAACCUCAACGAUGCCUCUGGCGCCGAACAGAAGACAGUUGAUGACACGGCGACAGCCAUCCUUAAGAAAAAGAAGAAGCCAAAUUCGUUGAUGGUGACCGAUGCCGUCAACGAUGACAACUCCGUUAUUGCCCUCUCAAACAACACCAUGGAGACAUUACAACUCUUCCGUGGCGACACUGUAUUAGUAAAGGGCAAGAAACGCAAGGAUACUGUUCUUAUCGUUCUUGCGGAUGAUGAUUUGGAUGAUGGAAGCGCCCGGAUGAACCGUGUCGUUAGGCAUAAUCUUCGCGUCAAGCACGGCGAUAUUAUCACUGUUCACCCAUGCCCAGAUAUCAAAUACGCUAAAAGAAUCGCGGUUCUCCCUAUCGCCGAUACAGUUGAAGGCCUAACCGGCUCCCUCUUCGACGUUUUCCUCGCCCCAUAUUUCCGUGAAGCCUAUCGACCCGUCCGUCAAGGAGAUUUGUUCACAAUCCGCGGUGGCAUGAGACAGGUGGAAUUCAAGGUUGUUGAAGUCGAUCCUCCAGAGUACGGCAUUGUCGCUCAAGAUACCGUCAUCCACUGCGAAGGCGAGCCUAUCCAGCGUGAGGACGAAGAAGGAAAUUUGAACGAAGUCGGUUAUGAUGACAUCGGAGGCUGCAGAAAACAAAUGGCCCAAAUCCGAGAGAUGGUUGAGCUACCUCUGAGACAUCCUCAGCUCUUCAAGUCGAUUGGUAUCAAGCCUCCUCGUGGUGUACUCAUGUUUGGUCCUCCUGGUACCGGCAAGACGCUCAUGGCUCGAGCUGUGGCUAAUGAAACCGGGGCCUUUUUCUUCCUGAUUAACGGUCCAGAAAUCAUGUCUAAAAUGGCUGGUGAAUCCGAGUCAAAUCUUCGAAAGGCGUUUGAGGAGGCUGAGAAGAACUCGCCCGCUAUCAUUUUCAUUGAUGAGAUCGAUUCUAUUGCCCCCAAGCGUGACAAGACCAAUGGAGAAGUCGAACGCCGUGUUGUCUCUCAGCUGCUUACUCUGAUGGAUGGCAUGAAGGCCAGAUCAAACGUCGUGGUUAUGGCUGCAACCAACAGACCUAACUCCAUCGAUCCUGCUCUUCGUCGUUUCGGUCGUUUCGAUCGUGAGGUUGAUAUUGGCAUCCCCGACCCAACAGGCCGUCUUGAGAUCCUUCAAAUUCACACCAAGAACAUGAAAUUGGGCGAGGACGUCGAUCUCGAGCAAAUUGCCUCCGAGACCCAUGGUUACGUCGGAUCUGAUAUUGCAUCCCUUUGCUCUGAAGCCGCUAUGCAACAAAUCCGUGAGAAGAUGGACCUCAUUGAUCUUGACGAGGAUACUAUUGACGCCGAGGUCCUUGACUCUUUGGGUGUCACCAUGGACAACUUCCGCUUUGCCCUUGGUGUCUCCAACCCAUCUGCACUUCGCGAGGUUGCAGUUGUCGAGGUUCCCAACGUCCGCUGGGACGACAUUGGAGGUUUGGAAGAUGUCAAGCGCGAGCUUAUCGAGAGCGUGCAAUACCCUGUCGACCACCCCGAAAAGUUCCUCAAGUUCGGUCUUUCCCCAUCCCGCGGUGUUCUUUUCUAUGGACCACCUGGUACUGGUAAGACUUUGCUCGCCAAGGCCGUUGCCAAUGAAUGCUCAGCCAACUUCAUCUCUGUUAAGGGUCCUGAGUUGUUAAGCAUGUGGUUUGGUGAGUCUGAAAGUAAUAUCCGAGAUAUCUUCGACAAGGCCAGAGCAGCUGCUCCUUGCGUGGUCUUCUUGGACGAGUUGGAUUCCAUCGCCAAGUCACGUGGUGGAUCCGUUGGAGAUGCAGGUGGAGCUUCAGACCGUGUCGUUAACCAACUUUUGACUGAAAUGGACGGCAUGACAUCCAAGAAGAAUGUCUUUGUUAUUGGUGCUACCAAUAGACCAGAGCAACUUGACAACGCACUUUGCAGACCGGGUCGUCUUGAUACUCUCGUAUAUGUGCCUCUGCCAGACGAAAGCUCUCGUGCUGGUAUCCUCAAAGCUCAGCUUAGAAAGACGCCUGUUGCACCUGAUGUCGACAUCCCAUACAUCGCUUCCCGUACCCACGGGUUCUCUGGUGCCGAUUUGGGCUUCAUCACUCAACGUGCUGUCAAACUUGCUAUCAAGGAAGCCAUCUCUCUCGAUAUUGAACGACGCAAAGCGCGUGAGGCUGCCGGCGAGGAUGUUGAUAUGGAGGACGAGGAUGCUGAGGACCCAGUGCCCCAAUUAACAAAGGCUCACUUCGAGGAGGCUAUGGCUUCAGCUCGACGGUCCGUCACCGAUGUCGAGAUCCGUCGAUACGAGGCCUUCGCACAGAGUAUGAAGAGUACUGGACCCGGCGCUUUCUUCAAGUUCCCUGAGGCCGGUGAGGCAGCUGCUGACGCGAGCGGUGGAGCCGGAGGAUUCGGUGAUGCUGGGAACGAUGAUAGUCUUUAUGACUAA